UUCCGGAAGUCACCCCCGCGGUCUUCGCCGCUGCUGCCUGCGGUGCUGGCGGUGGAGCUUCGCGAGUGGAACGGCAGAGGCGGGCCGGACGGGGCCGCGGGCCUGGCCACUCUGCAAAAUGGAGAUAAUCAGGAGCAAUUUUAAGAGUAAUCUCCACAAAGUGUACCAAGCCAUAGAGGAGGCGGACUUCUUCGCCAUCGAUGGGGAGUUUUCAGGAAUCAGCGAUGGACCCUCGGUCACCGCAUUAACAAAUGGUUUUGACACUCCGGAAGAAAGGUAUCAGAAGCUUAAAAAGCAUUCCAUGGACUUUUUGCUGUUUCAGUUUGGCCUUUGCACUUUUAAGUAUGACUACACAGAUUCAAAGUAUAUAACGAAGUCUUUUAACUUCUAUGUUUUCCCGAAGCCCUUCAAUAGAUCUUCACCAGAUGUCAAAUUUGUUUGUCAGAGCUCAAGCAUUGACUUUCUAGCAAGCCAAGGAUUUGAUUUUAAUAAAGUUUUUCGCAACGGAAUUCCAUACUUAAACCAGGAAGAAGAAAGACAGUUAAGAGAGCAGUAUGAUGAAAAACGUUUACAGUCCAACGGCGCAGGUGCUUUGUCGUACACGUCUCCUAACACCUCAAAAUGUCCCGUGACGAUUCCUGAGGAUCAGAAGAAGUUUAUUGACCAAGUGGUAGAGAAAAUAGAAGAUUUAUUACAAAGUGAAGAAAACAAGAACUUGGAUUUAGAGCCAUGUACUGGGUUCCAAAGAAAACUAAUUUAUCAGACUUUGAGCUGGAAGUAUCCCAAAGGCAUUCAUGUUGAGACUUUAGAAACUGAAAAGAAAGAGCGCUAUAUUGUUAUCAGCAAAGUAGAUGAAGAAGAACGUAAAAGAAGAGAGCAGCAGAAACACGCUAAGGAACAGGAAGAACUGAAUGAUGCUGUGGGGUUUUCUAGAGUCAUUCAUGCCAUUGCUAAUUCGGGGAAACUUGUCAUUGGACACAAUAUGCUCUUGGAUGUCAUGCACACAGUUCAUCAGUUCUACUGCCCUCUGCCCUCGGACUUAAAUGAGUUUAAGGAGAUGACAACAUGUGUCUUCCCCAGACUCUUGGAUACAAAAUUGAUGGCCAGCACACAACCUUUUAAGGAUAUCAUUAACAACACAUCCCUUGCGGAAUUGGAAAAGCGGUUAAAAGAGACACCUUUCAACCCUCCUAAAGUUGAAAGUGCAGAAGGUUUUCCAAGUUAUGACACAGCUUCUGAACAGCUCCACGAGGCAGGCUAUGAUGCUUAUAUCACAGGACUAUGUUUCAUCUCCAUGGCAAACUACCUAGGUUCUUUUCUUAGUCCUCCAAAGAUUCAUGUGUCUGCCAGAUCAAAACUCAUCGAACCUUUUUUUAACAAGCUAUUUCUCAUGAGAGUCAUGGAUAUCCCCUAUCUAAACUUGGAAGGACCAGACUUGCAGCCUAAACGUGAUCACGUCCUCCAUGUGACAUUCCCCAAAGAAUGGAAAACCAGUGACCUUUACCAGCUUUUCAGUGCCUUUGGUAACAUUCAGAUAUCCUGGAUCAAUGACACAUCAGCAUUUGUUUCUCUCAGCCAACCUGAACAAGUACCAAUUGCUGUCAAUACCAGCAGAUAUGCAGAGAGCUAUCGGAUCCAGACCUAUGCUGAAUAUGUGGGGACAAAGCAUGAGGAGAAGCAGAUCAAGAGAAAGUGGACAGAAGAUAGUUGGAAGGAGGUUGAGAGAAAGCGGUUAAACACGCAGUGCAUCUCCUAUGCUUUGCAGAAUCACUGUUACCACGCCAAUAGGAAGCAUCUCGGACAGCUCAGCCAAGCUCUUUGAGGUCCCUGACACGUGGUAACCAAGACCUGAGUGGAACAAACCGCUGGUGCUGUUGCUGAGAAGGAAAGAAGCAGCCGGCAUUUUUGGAAGCCAUACUGUGUUUAACUGAAUCCAAUGUGGUGCAGGAGGGGUUUGAAACCAAGUGUGUGUCUCCUGAAAAAUCCCAGUUUUUAUCGUCAAGGCUGUGUUCCUUCCUCUUUAGCAUCACCUGUCUGCUGGUGCGCAGCAUGUCGUUGGCUGUCAUGUGUACGUGAUUAACCAGGUCAUUACUUGUUGCUCAUGUGAAACCCUUCCUGUCAUGAAUCUGUGUUUAAGAAUCCACCCGAUGGGGAAGGUUGGCUGUGAGAUUUCACAGAAAGAGCCGACACUCUUAGGUGCUGUGAUCCUGAUUUGGGGUUGAACUCUUUCCUGCUUUGAGAGGUUCUCAUCCACCAUCUCAUGCUCAGUCCUGGGGGCAGCUCCAGCGCGUGGGUAUGUCUCCCAGUAGAGAAUUCGGUUGUGUCUGCCUGCUUUCCACCAUCGCUGCCUGAAAAUAUGAGGCUCUCAAGCUUGUUUUCCCAGUAGGAAAAUCUCUACUGCUGUCAACACCUGCCUUGACCUUUGGGGCAUAUUUAUUUAGAGUUUUCCCCCUGAGAUGUGAGUUUCUCAUGGUGGAGUGUACGAGUGAAAAGUUAAUUUCUGUUUUCCCAUGUAGCGCUGCUUUCAGUUUUCAUUAUCUUAGCCUGGUGUCUUCUCUGUUUGGUGGCAUCUGGGGGUGAGGUGGCGUGUGUGCAUGUGUGUGAAAUCAUGACAAAUCGACACCCUGUACCAGCCCUUUCUCUGUUGAAACAGAUCACAACAGGGACAGAAUCUCGUGGAUCUACUUCAGUAGAUCUGCUUCAUAUAGAUCAUUGUUCGAUAUUUAACAUUUUUGUAUCGUGGAAAUAAAAAUGAAAAAUGUAUUUCCAAAAGAUGAAAAUUAAAGAAAUUUUCAUAGGAUUUUGGUUUUUUCCUUUCUCUUCUUUUAUAAGUGAAUGACAUACUUAAUCUCUACAUAGACAUAUUUCUCUCUAAAGAUCACCCUUGAAAAAGCCCUGGUAAGUCACUAAGCCUGGUGCUUAUGGUUUUCUCUUUUUUUUUUUUUAACCUCUAACCCUUUCACCUUCCUUGAUGAGUCAGAUGCCUGGUGCUGGAGUGGAGCCCGUGGUAAAUGGUGUAGGAGGGGCUGCAUCUUUUUCUGGUGGGAAGGAUCUGAGUUGUUAAAGCUCUGAUGAGAAUCCCAGGUGUCGUGGGAAUUCAGAUUUGUAGACAUUUUCCCCAAUUAAGGGCCUCUUAACAUCUUCCCUUCCCCCUCCCCCUUGUCCCCAAAGUUACAAACCCAGACUUGGCACGAGGAGCUCCCACCCCUGCUCAACGCGGUCGCCAGGCACAGCCCAGUGGGAAAGUGUGACAGGAGGGUAAAGACAAAGGAGGGGGUUAGAGGGCGCUGCUGGACUCUCCUGAGUCAUUAAAGCCUACGGGUAGAAACAGGUAGUAC